AUGACCCCUCCGACUAGCGUUCUCCCGCAACGCUGGGCGAGGAAUGAUAUCGACGGAGACGGAGCUUUCAAAUUUGAUUGGGAAGUCAUAAAACGUUUUGCGACCAGCGCCAGGCGGGCAGCCGAAGGGGUUGAUUGCCCAUGCCAGCUUUCUACCGAGUACAACUACGGUGAUAACCAUGUUGUCCGACGGGUCGACUUUGAGGACAACCGCCGGUGGCUUGUCUGGGUCCAAUGCACGCUCCUAACGCCCGAAAUCUCGCCAGAAGUUACGGAACGAGGUCGACACCCUGCUAGUGAGAUCAAUGUCCAACAUCCCCGUUCCAGAAGUCCUCGCCUACGAUACGAUUGGGGGGUUCCCUCCGGUGCUGCUUUUAUGUUGAUGGAGUUCGUGCCGCGCGAUACGGCCACGGACCUGACGCCUUCCGUAUUCAAGAACAAGUUUUAUGCGGCGGUGGCCGACAUACAGGCUCAGAUGGCGUCAAUACGCUUCCCCAAGAUUGGCACCAUUGUCUUCCGCGAGGGGGUGUUUGAAUUGGCCCCAUGCCAGAUGUCGGAGGCCCGUUCGACACCGCAGCUGAAUACUUCGUCGCUUGGGCCAGGACAGCCAAGUUUCCUUACGAUAUGUACUCAGACGCCGAUUUCAAAGACAUGCUCGAUGAUCUGCCAGGACUGUUCGUGGGCGAAGCUCUUGAAUCGCUAG